AUGAGGGUACUUUUAGCCGCAUUGUGCGCUAUCGCUGCAGUUUCCGCAUACGACGCCGUUUAUUUUUCCAAUAAACUUGAUGUCUCAAAGACGAAAAUCGAAGAUGUUUUGAAAUCAGCGUCGAAAGAGGAACCAGUAGUCUUCAUUGUCAAUCCGGAUUUCACGUUAGGACAGUUUUCGGUCAAGGCCAAUGCUUACAGUACCGAGCCUUCAGACGAUUUCCUCGUUAAAACCGUCAAGGGAAGUCGUUUCCACGGGGUCGAGUAUUUUGCCAAUCAGCUCUAUACUGAUUCGGCUAAAGUCAUCACUUCCUCUGACCAGUUCACCGCUGGAGCUUCGGUUUACAUAAUCGCCGGAGAAGAAUGGAUUUCAAUGGAGCAACUCGCCGAGGAACUUAUCUCGAAGAUUGACAACUCCGUUGCUGUCAUUACUUCAUCCGAUGCUAUUUCUCACGAUAAGAAUCGCGUGAAAAGAGUUGCCACGUCGGAAAUGGAGGAAGGCGCUACCGGAAACACUGGAUCAACUGGAUCUCCAAACAAGCCGGACAAAUAUGUUGCUAUGCCACUCAUUCUCCCACCAUACAAUCAAUCCGACUACCCAGACGUCAAGCCAAAAGCCAAUCUGACAUGUUUGUUCUAUCUCGAAGGACUUACUGUGGUUGUUGCGCAGAACAACGGAAAAACCGUCGAUUAUGUGCCUGCUACAAUCCGCGAGGCCAACGUCACCUGGGGCUACGCUGAUGGUGACGUUUCGUGCCCAACCGGAACCAUCGGAGAAUUCAAAUUCCGUGUUCGUCUUAACACCGCUGGAGAAAUUCCAGGAACCUUGAACAAAGACACCUACUACACUAUUCCAGGAAACUCUCCAAUUGAGUUCACUUUGACCAUCACUGGAGAUUUGUUCGGAUACUGGAAGCUCACUGAUGCCGUUCUUCACACCAUCACAAUCAGCGGAUCUAAAUUCAAGUCGGUCACUGUCGACGAAAAAACCAUUGGAAAGGUUGAGACUCAGUUCUCUGGAAUUGAAUCAGUCGCCGGAUGGUCUCUUGCCUGCGGACAAUCGCAAGCGAUUUUCUUCCCGACAAGCGAUGAAUCGGUUAAAGUUGGAAUCUCUUUGUACAACACACAGAUUCAAACAUUCAACCUUCUUGACCAUUGGACGGAACGCGCACGAUUCACAUUGCAAGUUGAAGACUGCACUGGAACGUUCUCUCCAGGAUCCUGGAUGGGAAUUGUUGCCUCUUUGACCCUCGUCGCUGGACUCUUGUUCGGUUAUUUGAUGCUACAGUCGGUACAGACAAUGGAUAGAUUUGACGAUCCGAAGCACAAGCAGAUUGUGAUCAAUGUUCGCGAAUAA